GAGUUCCUGUCGCUCACUUUUGAAUACCAAUACCUCAGAGUCCCACGUUAUCUACCUAUUUCGAACUCCCAACUCAUACGGUCACCAUUGCACGACUUCCGUCACCACUUGCUGCUGGCAUGUUAGCCAUAAACUGUUGAUACUCUUGACUCUGGGGCUCUGCUUGAUGAAUGGCUCCCAGUUAUGCGAGUUUUUGACUCAUUAGAUUUCAGUAGUCAGCUUGCAUCCCUUGCACCGGUUGCUCAUCAUACGGCCCGAUUAGUGUAUUAUACUCCUCCCAUCUCUACAUGGUGAACAAUCGUCCAAUGAACCGGCACCAGGAAUACUACUCAGAAGUGUUUCACCGCCAUGGACAACGUUUGAGAGACCUUCUACGCCAGCGUGUCUCAGAAGCUCUCGCUUCCAGGCGUAGACAGUUUGUGGAUGAAGUGCGCUCCAUUAAAUCCGCGGAACAGCCUACCGCAUCUGAAACGCAUUCCACAUUACACGAACGUCCUUAUCUAUUGCAGUCCCUGUUUGAAAACACUGGGGUUGAUCAAAUUGACACGGAAACACUGCUUCGAAUACAAGAUGAGCUCAUGAAAGAGCUUGGACACGAUUCUUUAUCACUGUCUAACGAUUCUUGCUCCCCUCUGGACGCAGAUGUCACAUGUCCCAUCUGCUCCGUCUGCGAGCUACACAUGUCCGGAACGGUUCUAUCCUGUCCCUGUGGAUUGCAGAUCGACACACAGUCCGAUAGCAUACAGUUGUCCACUGUCGGUCGUUGCAUCAAGGGAAUCAAGUCCGCUCACGCACAAUCUGGAUGUCCUAAACCAUUACGAGGUUCCGUCAUGAGGCAAAAUUGUAUCGGUACCGGAAUGAACGAUGCCACAGAGCUGGUCGCUUUGCUUUGUCUCGAGUGCGAUUCCUGUUCCUUUCUGGAGGUCGUUGUUUGA